CAAAGUGAGGCGCGACCGAAACGUUCUGUAUUCGGGUAUAAGACGUGGUAACAAAAACAGGCUUUCUUCUAUUUAGUGUGUAGGCCUACAUUAGAAUUUCCAUGGAAGAAUUUGGUUACCGAUUUCACACGUAAGGAAAACUAUACUGCAAGAUUAUAGGCCUAUAUUUCUGUUGAUAUAUGUUUGUUUGGCGGUUUUAAAAAACCCGGCGAGACUGGAUAGUGUUAGUUGUACAACAUGGACAACAGCCGCCUGAGUAGUUACAAUUGAAGGACUUGCGACACGAACUGGCUCUACGAUAGGCACAUAAAAGCAAUGCUUUUUGGAGCACAUAUUACGACCAUCGAGGCUACCUUAUGAGCAGAAGAGAAGAAAAUAAAUUUAACUUACAAGAAAUUGCGAGGACACUUCGUCUUCCAAAUCAAAUAAAUCCAACUAAUCUAGCAGAUUUUAAAAAAAGCUUUUUCAAUUAUGUUGAUCCGAAGACGAUAAUAAUUACAAAACAGAACAUGAAAGUAGGCGAGGAGGUCGGUAUAUAUUUUGACACCACUGUUAAAAUCCGAGUUGAUGAAGACUUUUACAGUUUAUUGCCAGAUGGGUUACCUUUAAAGAAGACAUAUUCAAAAUGUAGUUUAGUUGGAAGCAGUGGAAUAUUAUCAGGAAGUCAUUGUGGUAAACAGAUCGAUGGUUCAGAAUUUGUAAUAAGAAUGAAUGCGCCACCUUUACAGAAUUUUUCAACGGAUGUCGGCCUUAAGGCAAAUUUAACGACUAUGAACCCAUCCAUAGUAUCAAAAAAAUACUUUUAUCUAAUACGAAAAACAGAUAAGGACAGUUUUCUGAGUAAAAUGAGAGAAUUCAAAACGUAUCUUUAUAUUCCUGUAUUCUCAACUCCAAUUGGUUUUGAUAUCAGCGUGAACGUAGCAAAAACAAUUAAAAAUAUAAGCAGUUAUCCAGUUAAGCCGUUGUUUAUGCACCCGGAUCAUUUCCUUGCCUCCAGUAAAUUUUGGAAAUCUAGUGGAAUAACAGCUGAGAGAAUAUCUUCAGGGUUAUAUAUGGUCAGUGUUGCUAUAACGUUGUGUAACGAGAUAAAUCUCUUUGGGUUCUGGCCGUUUCAUUACGACCACAACAACAAAACAGUAGACUACCAUUACUAUGGGCAGGGAUUUGUGCCUUUACCUAAGGUGCAUCACUUCGCGGAAGAGUUUAAACUUCUACUUGAUCUUCACGAUAGGGGAGUGCUGAAAAUGCACGUCGGGACGUGUAAUGAACCAUGAAACGCAAGAUGACGAUACUGGAAUAUACCUGUCAUCAUUAAAAAAAUAUAUAGCCUGGACUUACCGCAUUAAACAUGCCAACUGCGUCGUCCGCGGAUACUUCAGACACUUCUGUACCUGGUUACACACCAGGGUAGAUUCCGAUGCAGAGACAAGUGUGGUGUCACAGGCAACAGAGCCAGGCGGAUUCGAAACAACUUCUGGCUAUAAUAGAUGAGAUGCUGCUUUUGCAUAUAAUAUAGCUUUGAAUGUAAUGCCAGUAUGCUUUCAUUUUUUCUAUGCGUUGUAUAAUUAUGCAAAUUUCCUCCAUUUAGGCCUAUAUUGUAUACUGAUAAUUCCGAUCGGUAUUAUAAUUGUAUUAUUUAUGAAUAGAAUUAUGAUCCCAUUCUUUUAUUUAUUAUGAUGAUUUGAUGUUAUCCAAUUCGUUCAACGUGAUGUUGUUUUUGUUUUUGUUUUUUGUUUUUUUGUUUUUUUGCAAAAACACAAGUUACAGGUUAAAACAAAACUUGGAAUUUACAUUACUAUAAUUUGGUUUAUCCCUCCUCUAGUAUUGUACGUUUAUAGCUAAAUCCACAUUUUACUGAAAUUUACCAAUAAGCUGAAUUUAGUUAGGUAAAUACAGUUACCAGUAUGCAAUGUUUACUCCACUGUUAUUACCGUAUCACUUAUAUAGUAAUUUUCUUUGUGACCAUUGUAGGCAUAUAAUUCGUCGUGACCGACAAGAUAACAUAGCGCAAUAAUGACUGAAUAACUGAUACAUGAGUUUUCAUUUAACAUUAAACUUUUCAUGCGAUACAGAAAGUA